UUGCCUAGCUUCCCUGGUUACCAUGACAACGCCACUGCGCCCCCCCACCUUCUCGCCCCGCCCCUACAGCACCCAACAGUUAUGCUUGAUAUUCUACAGCACCUUAAAGUUAUGCUUGAUAUUCUGGUCGGACCCCCAGGAGCAGGACGUGACGGAGAACCUGCUGCAGCUCACGGCGCGCGCCUUCGUGCGCACCACGCUGGUGGGCGACCUGGACGAGGACACCGAGAAGGCCAUCCCCACGUUCACCGACUGCUUGCACGAGUUCAGCCGCUCCGUCAACUCGCGCUCCUUUCAGCCCCUGCUGUGGCCCGACCUGGUGUUCGGCUUGACGCCGCUCGGCCGCGUGGUGCGCCAACUCAGGGCCAAGGUGGACGCCUUCUCCGGACGGGUCAUCGCCAAGCGGCGCGCCGAGCUCGGCCAGCGCAGCGCGGAGGGCGAGGACCGCGCGGACUUCAUCCGGCAGCGGCGGACGCUCAUCGACAUCUUGCUGGACCCCAAGAGCAAGACGUCCGAGGGCACACUGUUCGAAAUGAGCGACAGCGAGAUCCUGGACGAGGUCAAGAUCUUCCUGGGCGCGGCCGUGGAGACCACCGUGGCGGCGCUCGGCUGGACGCUCAAGGUGCUGUCGGUGCGGCCGGAGGUGCAGGAGCGCGUGCAUGCAGAGGUCCUGGAGCAGCUGGGCGGCAAGGAGGGCCUCACCUCGGCGGACAUCAACAAGCUCAAGUACACCGAGCAGGUGAUCAAGGAGACGAUGCGCCUGCUGCCGUCCGUGCCGUACACGGCGCGCGUCGUCCGGGAGGAGACCAAGUUCGGCGGGCACACACUGCCCGCCGCCACGACCCUGUUCCUCAACAUCGUGGGCUGCCACCGCGACCCCAAGCACUGGCCCGACCCCACGCGCUUCGACCCGGACCGCUUCUCGGCCGAGGCGUCCGCCAAGCGGCACCCGUACGCGUACCUGCCCUUCAGCGCGGGCGCGAGGAACUGCAUCGGCGGCCGCUACGCCAUGAUGGUCAUCAAGACGACGCUGGCCGCCCUGGUGCCGCGCUACCGCGUCGACGCCGUCCCGGACGGCCACACGGAGCCCGCCGACUUCCCCUUCACGUUCGACGUGGCCUCCAGGAUGCUGGGCGGCGAUCUUGGGAGUGUAUAA